GAACAACAAUAAUAAACCCUCUCUCUCUCUAUAGUUCUCAUCACUACGUCUUUCACUGUUGUGCUCCGAUCGGUUUCCGGCAAAUGGGAGCUUGCGCUUCACGGCCCAAGGGGUGGGCUAUGAGAUUCCAGAAGAAGAAGAAGCACGGCCGCCAAAGACGAAUCAUCCGGAGGCGCGUCUCGUCCUCCAACCGAUCCACCAACCCCCAACUCCAAGGGAGUAUGGAUGGGGCUUGGUUUGAUUGCACUUCAGUCAUGGAUUCCGAGCGCGGCGACGACGAGUUCUACAGUGUUUAUGAUGAUGUUGUGUCUUUGAAUGGGUCGGAGAGUGCGAUACAGAGAGGGAGGGAAAGUGGUGUUGGGGAGGAGAGUGACAGAAUGCAAGGGUUGGGAGUUGUGCAGAAUCAUUGCCUGCCGUGUCUUCCUUCCACUAGCCCUUCGGCUGUUGACAACAAGUUGAGUUUUCGCAAGAGAUUGGGGCCGUCUAGGCUUUCGUUUAAGUGGAGGGAAGGCCACGCUGCUGCUGCUGCUCCGGCUGAUCCCACAUUAGUUUCACCGAGGGCGGUUGUUAGAAGACCUAUAGCAGGUUCGACGAUUCCAUACUGCCCAAUGGGAAAGAGAAUGGCUGAUUGUUGGUCACCUCUUGAGCCCAACUCGUUCAAAGUCCGGGGAAAGAAUUAUCUUAGGGACAAAAAGAAAGAGUUAGCUUCUGAUUGUGCUGCGUAUUAUCCUUUUGGAGUGGAUAUUUUCUUAUCUCAGAGAAAGAUUGAUCAUAUUGCUCGCUUUGUGGAACUUCCUGUCGUAAAUGUAGAUGGAGAUGUUCCUUCUAUUCUUGUUGUAAAUGUUCAGAUACCUCUGUAUCCUAUUUCUAUGUUUCAAAGCGAACAUGAUGGAGAAGGAAUGAAUUUGGUCAUGUAUUUUAAGCUUUCUGAGAGUUACUCAAAAGACCUUCCAUCUCAUUUCCGCGAUAGUCUAACUAAAUUCAUCAACGAUGAGGUGGAGAGAGUUCGAGGAUUCCCUGUCGACACAAUUGCACCCUUCAGGGAAAGAUUGAAAAUAUUGGGUCGAAUAGUGAAUAUUGAUGAACUCAGCAAACUGAAUUUAAACACAGCUGAGAGGAAGCUAAUGACUGCAUGCAAUGAAAAACCUGUUCUUUCACGCCCUCAACAUGAAUUUUACUUGGGAGAAAACUACUUCGAGAUUGAUUUGGAUUUGCAUCGAUUCGGCUAUGUAUCUAGAAAGGGUAUUGAAUCAUUUCAUGAGAGAAUGACGCUAUCAAUACUGGAUUUUGGUCUGACAAUUCAGGGGAACAAGGCAGAAGAAUUGCCCGAGCAUAUUUUAUGCUGUGUACGGCUUGAUGAACUUGACUACAAUAAUCGAUACCAUUUGGGAACUUGAGUAAAAUAUCCUCUGCAAUCCCUAAAAGUGCUUCAAUACUCAGGAGUCAGGAUCAAGGCAGAAGUGUUGCUAGAGCAUGUUUUAUGCUGUGUACAGUGGAUGAACCCGCUUACAAUAAUCUUUACCAUAUGGGAGCUAGAGUCAAGAACACUAAUCCCAAGACAUGUCUGAAUACUCGACGUUUUCAGAUAAGAUAGGCUACAAACAAGUUAACUUCCACAUUACCAUAUGUUCUUCACCCUUUGAAAUCUGCAGUCGGACCUUUUUAACAUGUCUAAUUUGCUUGUAUAUACAUUACAAUGUAUAUGUUAGGGAAGAAAAUAGAUCAAGACGAGAAAUAAUCUAUGUGCUGCUUUCUUUUUCAAGGUUUCAACUGAGGAUUAUGUAGGCUUUCCAUCUAAUUCUGUAUGUAGAUUGCACUGGUUAAACUUCCCCAGAAUGGAUGUAAACCGUAUUAAGCUUCAU